CCGCAGUACAGGGACGCAAGCGGGGAGGGAGGACGGCGUAGGGCGUGGCUCUGUUCUCUCUGUGCUCUCGGCGCGAGUCGGCUACUCGACUCGACGUUUGCUCCUCCUGCGCGGUAGGCCCACGGGGAUCCGACUCUCUCCGGCGAGUUCGAGAGUGCACUAGGAGAGCGAUGCAGCAAUUGCUAAUUGCACAGUGCAGCUGCGCAUGGCCUGCGUAUUAAUUGUGUCUCCAUCAGGUAAACCUAUUUGAAAAAGUGUGGUCUGGGGCGCUCGCCAUAGAGAGGAACAAGUAGUUGUAGCGCCACGACGGGGUCGCGCGAUGCACGUGUUGCCGAACGUGAUUAGGUAAUUAGUCGAGCAAUCUGUCUAUCGAGAUCCGUAGACUGGAGAUUCGGGUUGGAGCCUCGACUCUCCGAUCUGCCGGAGCAGCGUUGUUGGCGCGCUCUGUCGCGCGGAAAGGAGGAGCCUGGGGGUCAGGCAAGACGUCCCCCCAGGCCCGUACGUCAUCAGCGAAGGAGAGGAGAAGCGCGCUACCGUAACGGCGAAGGUGGGGAGGAACAGCUUGUGAGCGUCUGUGCGUGCUUGGUUUUUUUUUUUUUUUUUUUGUGUGUGUGUGUGUGUGUGAGAGAGAGAGAGAGAGAGAGAGAGAGAGAGAGAGAGAGAGGAGGAGGGGAGGGGGGAACGUUUCGUGGGCUUGGGGGAGAAGGGCAGGCGAGGCAGAGGAGAGAGAGAGGAAGCAGAGGGAGAGAGAAUUGGGUGGGUGAGGAUUUGGUGGACGGAGGAAAAUUUUCACCUGUCGGCGGCGAAGGGACAGCUGGACGGAGGGCGAGGGUGGUGGGUUGAGGAGCACAGCGGAAGGGAAGCAAGAGGUCAGGGAAGAGUUUUGUGACCGCCUGAAGUUGUUGUUGAGCGCUUCCUCUUCUGUGUGCGCGUGUCCUUCAAGUACAACGGUGACGCUUGUGUGGCUAAGCGGACAUGGGGGUGGAUUAUUACGACGUGUUAAAAGUCGGGAAGAAUGCUAGCGACGAUGAACUUAAGAAAGCGUACCGGAAACUGGCAAUGAAAUGGCAUCCAGACAAGAAUCCGAAUAACAAGACGUCGGCAGAAGCCAAAUUCAAGCAAAUAUCGGAAGCAUACGAGGUGCUCAGCGAUCCUCAGAAGCGAGCCAUUUACGAUCAGUAUGGAGAAGAAGGGCUGAAAGGUGGGGUACCUCCCCCCGGUAGCGGAGGUGGAGGUGGAGGUGGGUUUCCAGCAGGUGGGGGAUUCAGCAAUGGAGGUGGCCCCAAUGUAUUUCGUUUCAAUCCGAGGAACCCGGAGGAUAUUUUCGCGGAGUUGUUUGGCGGCGGAAGCCCUUUCGGCAUGGGGAACAUGGGUGCGAUGGGAGGAAUAGGGCAGAGGAGUUCCAGCAGCAGAGUAAAUCCCUUCGGCGACACGAUGUUUCAGGGAAUGACGGGAGAUAUCUUCGGUGAUCGGACCGGCGGGCCGUCGACAUCGAGUACAAGAAAGGCAGCGGCAGUAGAGAACAAGCUAGCGUGUUCUCUUGAAGAGUUGUAUAAUGGCUCCACGAGGAAAAUGAAGAUAUCGCGGCAAAUCGCAGAUGCAAGCGGGAAGACGAUUCCCAUCGAUGAGAUCCUCUCGAUCGGUGUAAAGCCUGGGUGGAAGAAGGGAACGAGGAUCACGUUCCCGGAGAAAGGAAACGAGAUACCGGGAGUCGUUCCUGCGGAUCUGAUUUUUGUCGUAGAGGAGAAGCCUCAUGAUGUGUUCAAGAGAGACGGUAAUGAUCUGAUUGUCACGCAAAAGAUUACUCUUGCGCAGGCCCUGGCUGAUUACACAGCUAAUAUCAAGACGCUGGACGGGAGGAAUCUGAGAGUGGAGUGCAAUGAGGUGAUCUACCCGGGCUACGAGAAAGUCAUACCCAAGGAAGGGAUGCCAAUCGCRAAWGAACCGGGGAAGAAGGGCAAUCUGCGGCUCAAGUUCGAUAUAAAGUUCCCUCCGAGGUUGAGCCCCGAGCAAAAGGCUGCAUUGCAGAAGGUUCUUGGCGCUGGCUAGGUUGCCAUGCAGGCAGGGAAGGUCACAUCAACCACUCUUGCAUGUAGAUAUAAUGCAAUGCUGCUGCUGUUGCUUCUUCUGUAUUACUUCUGUGAUUGUCGAUGGGCUCGUUACUUUGCGAGCCCUACUGGGGGAUGGAAUGCUGUCUGUGAAGGAAUGAUGAUUUGGUCCGUUGUGGUUAACCGUCCAAGGGGCAUUCAGUUCAGUUUGCACGGCAAAGAAAGGGCGAAGAGAGGGAGGAGAGGAGGGGGUGUGAGUAGGUCCUCAGCGGAGGUGGUCCCAAAUGUCACUUGGAGAUGGGAAUCUGUCAGGACGAAAAUCCACGAGGAGUACGUAGGGGCGGUCCGAGAAUGGUUCUGUGGAAUCGGCUUGUCGUGAAAUGGGGGGUGCCGUCCAAAGUCACGUGGAGAUGGGAAUCAGUCAGGACGGAAAUCCACGAGGAGUAGGUAGGGGCGGUCCGAGAAUGGGUCUGUGGAAUGGGCGGGUUGUGAAAUGGGGGGUGCCGUUGCAUGCACUGUAAGGUUUGGGGGGUUGGGGGGGGGGGGGGGGGGGGGGGGGGGGGGGGGGGGGGGGGGGGGGGGGGAGGGGGGGGUGGAGGGAGUGUGGAGGGAAACACCAUGUCGCAUCUCUGCGGUCUCUGGACAGGAGAUCGUGAGAUAGAGUCGGAGUUUGUGGGGGAUAGGUGUGGUUUCUUCGUUCCUUCAAUUGUGGGUGCUGUUGCAUGGAUUGUGAAAGGGAGGGGCGGGGUGAGUUGGGAGGAGCGUGAAGGGGAGGUGGUAUUGUGUCGCUGCGGCUUCUGAACAGCAUAGUAUUACCAGAUGAGGUGGAAGUGGGGUGUGUAUGGAGGACGGAGGAUGGAUUCAGCAGCCAAGACAGGGGUCUCUGCAUCACGAAUGCGAACGUGUAAUGGAAGCGUCAGAGACCAGCCAAGACGGUCGUCUCUGCAUCAUGAAUGAGAACCACGAAUGAGAAUCUGUAAUGGAUGUCACAGAGACCCUGUGAGUGAUGUGAUGCUGCUAUGUAACAUGGAAGGCUUCCUCUUUGGAGGAGGGAGAAUGGAGGUAGGAAAGAGUGUGUGGAAGAAUGGGGGUGUCCGCGUUAGUUUUCCUAGGGUAGUAGAUGGGAGGGGGUUGGGAGCGGGUCCACCGGCAUGCUUGUGUGUGCUCGAGUUGCAGAGCCGACUAGUAAGAUCACUGUAAUCUGAUCUGGAAUUUGCAGCCUCCUGUGUGGCUGAGGGGCACAUAGAGAGAGAGAGAGAGAGAGAGAGAGAGAGAGAGCUGGCAAGACAUGUGAUACAUGUGAUACUUCUGUAGGAUCUAGAGAGAGAGAGAGUAGUCUGUUUUUCUCGUUGCGAGGGCUUUUAUUGCGGAUUGUCUUUUCAAUCAUAUACUCACAUAUUGAUUGGAGUAGUGUCAGGGCCUCACUUGUCUUGUCGCCCACAAGCGCAUGGUAGUUUUGGUUUAUGACAAAGUCGUUUGGAUACCUUCAGCGAAGAUUCACGGAGGGUGGAAAGCCUUCUCGGCGAAUACUCGGAUUCGUCUUCUUCUGAUUGAUGAUGGAAGGGCAGAAGCGUACCCUGCCUGAUUUCAUUUCUUGUGAUAUUUCACCAGCAUGAGAGAAUGCUCUGUUCUUCGUCAUUUGUCUUCCCUCUGAACACUCGGUCAGCUGGUUCUCCAUUUUGCGGUUUUACCUUGAGUCUCUUCUGUUGUCAUGGACCGGUCCCUCUGGCUCGAUCGAGGCGCCAGAGAAGGCGUAUAACGUCGUUCAUCACUUCUUCACUUCUCGCUUGUUUGUAAUCAAUCGCCUCCCCAUUGAAGCAGUCGGUUGUCUCUGCGAUUCGCCCUUCAAUUGCAGAAGUGAUUUCCUCCCUUGCCUCCAUGCUUGGCUUGUGAGUGCAAGUUGCGAACGGGGGGCGAUUUAACUCGAGAAAAUGGAUUCUCUAAAGAUCGCUUUGCUGAUAACAAGAGCUCGAGCCCGAUCCAAAACUUCCGUUGAUGUCCAGUAUACUCUGCUAUGGCCUCUUUCCGAGUCUAUCGUUGUUUUUAUCGUUGUUUUUAUCGUUGUUUUUAUUGUUGUUUAUAAUUCUGGAUUUGUUCUUUACCAAAAUUUUCUAGCCAUUUGGUACAUCAGGGUAGCAAUGGUCAAGGUUGCACUAUGUCUGUCAUCCUAUGCUUGUGUGUGUGUGUGCGUGUGCGUGUGUGUGUGUGUGUGUGCCCAUGUACAAACGCCGAAACUGAUGAAAGGUCAACGGGUGGAAUGCAAGCCUGUCUGCAUUUCAUCAUGGGUUUGGAUCGCAAAAAGAGUGCCAUCCCAUAGCUAGAAGCAUUUUUAGGUAGUCGGUUCUCGCCCCAAUUUUAUGGCCUGCUGCUGCAGUUGGCACUUCGGUGAUGAUGCAUUUGCAGUUGUGCAGUUUGCCAAUCGUGUCAGGACGGAGAGAAAGGCAAGAAGACGAGGGUGUAGUUUGGAGGAAGGUGUCUUCUUGUUGCGCAGGAGUCAGGCCAUCUCUCUGUGUUGUGGAGGCUAUGGGAGUAGACCUGUGUUGGCAAUUCCUUCCACUUGGUGUUUGUGUAGAAAAGAGAUUGGCUGUUGCCAUUCACUAGCGCCGAACGCCAAUUCGUCUUCCUCUCUUUUAAAGAGCACGAUCUGACUCUUUACUAUUUCAGUGGUGCAGUGCGACAAAACUGUUGCUGGCAUAGUGCCAUAGUCUUUAAUCGAGCUCCGGAAAGAGCUCCUGGUCUGUGAGGAAUUCCAGCACGUAUAUGAAAACAUUCUCACCUGUACUCGUUGAAGUUUUAACAAGUGUGUGUGUGUGCGCGUGUGUAUAUGUGUGUGUGUGUGUGUGUGUGUGAGAGAGAGAGAGAGAGAGAGAGAGAGAGAGAGAGAGAGAGAGAGAGAGAGAGAGAGAGAGAGAGAGAGAGAGAGAGAGUUUUGUGGGAAUUAUGACUUGGGUUUUCUCUGAUGUUAGGUGUUUGCAGGAUGGUUGUCUGGGUGGACUGUGUGAAUGGGAGGGAGGUGAUUUGCUCUUUUCUUGAUGCUAUGGGUGUUGGUUCGUGGUGGAGUGAUUUGUCUUCGUGAUUUCUGGAAGGUAUUGGGAUUUUGAGUUUCACUCUGUAGUAGCUGUACUGGUGUGUUUGUGCAGAGGUAUUGUGAACUCUGUACCUGGAUCGUCAUUGGGUUUGGUUCAACGAAAGUGAGAAUAAAAGAGGUCCCAAGAU